CCACCGUUGUGUUAAACGGAGAUUAAAAUUACAUUGUUAAUGUAAAAAUGUCAUAUUAAACUUCGUUUAACACAACGGUGGAAUCGGCCCAAAAGACGAUAUUUGGCAGAGGUGUUGGAGCUCUGCAAUCGCUUCGAUAUUUUCGAUAAUUAUUCAUUGUUGCCAAGUUGCCAUCUUGUCUCUUGCCAAUCUUACCAUCCGUAAAUGCUAAACGGCACUAAAAAAGAACAACAAAAAUCAACAAAAACAAAUCAGUGUGAGACGUGAGAUUUGAGAGUAAUUUGAGUUUAAAAACCACAACUUUCAACGUUAUUUAAUAUUUUAUGAACAUUAUAAUCAAUUUGAAAAUUUUGCAAUAAGAUCGAUUGUUUAAAAAUUGUCUUUAAUUUGUGUUUGCUCUUUUUUUGCUAAUUUUAAUAAAAUAGUACACCUGCUUGGUUAAAGUAAUUUUAAAAAUGAAAGAAAAGAUUCAAGAUAAAACCAAAUCCACACCGAAAGAAGAUUUAUCUAAUCAAGAUCAAGAAGAAGAAUCUGGUGAUGAGGGGGAUGAAACUUCUAGUGUUGGAAGUGCCUCAACUACUGAUAAUACUUCUAGAAGUGCUACUCCAACAAAUAGAUUACGAAAAGGACGUAAGGGAAAAAAGCGUUUAAGCAACACACCAAAAGUAUUGAAACCUGUUUAUACAUAUUCAUGCAGCAUAAAGGAAGAUCAUGGCCAACCUUUAUUUGGAGCUCAGUUCAAUCAUCAUUUGAAAGAAGGCCAAUCAAUGCUAUUUGCUGCAGUGGGAAGCAACAGAGUUACAAUUUAUGAAUGUCCAGAUGGAACAGGAAUAAAAUUACUCCAGUGUUAUGCAGAUCCAGAUCUCGAUGAAAACUACUAUACGUGUGCUUGGUCCUACGAUGAAGAUAUGGGAAAAUCUCUUCUAGCAGUGGCAGGAUCCAGGGGUGUAAUUAGAAUUUUAAAUCCAAACACUAUGAGUUGUAUUAGACAUUACAUUGGCCAUGGACAUGCUAUUAAUGAAUUAAAAUUUCACCCAAAAGAUCCAAAUCUUUUGCUGUCUGUAUCCAAAGAUCAUUCACUUAGAUUAUGGAAUAUCAAGACUGAUGUUUGUAUAGCUAUUUUUGGGGGAGUUGAAGGUCACAGAGAUGAAGUUCUUAGUGCUGAUUUCGAUUUAAAUGGAAACAGAAUUAUGUCAUGUGGCAUGGACCACUCUUUAAAAUUAUGGAGACUGGAUAAGGAAACAAUGAAGGAAACCAUAAAAAAUUCUUAUGUUUGGAACCCAAAUCGAGUUACUAGACCAUUUGAAUGUUUAAAAGAAAAUUUUCCUGAUUUUUCCACCAGAGAUAUUCACAGAAAUUAUGUAGAUUGUGUUAAAUGGUUUGGAGACUUUUUACUAAGCAAAUCCUGUGAAAAUUGCAUAGUCUGUUGGAAACCAGGUCGUCUUGAAGAUGAGAAUUUAAGAAAAGGUGAAACAAGUUCAACAAUGAUCCAUCGAUUUGAAUACAAGGAAUGUGAAAUUUGGUUUGUCAGGUUUGCCAUGGAUUUUUGGCAAAAAAUUCUAGCUUUGGGUAACCAAACAGGCAAAGUAUUUGUAUGGGACUUGGACGUAACAGAUCCAGCUCAGGCUAAAUGUUACACUCUACAGCAUCCACGUUGUACCACAGCCAUUAGACAAACCACCCUUAGUCGAAACUCGAAUAUACUCAUUUGUGUUUGUGAUGAUGGUACUAUUUGGAGGUGGGAUAAGAUAUAAAAUGUUCUUGUUUUACUAUGUUUUUAGUAUUAUUUAAACAUGUUUUCUAUUUUAACAUAAUAAAAGUAAAAUUAUCAACUAUU